UAUUGAGUGAACGUUUGAUUUGUUUGAAGGUUUUCACCUGUUGGGCAACGUAUUAAUAUCUGUGGGAAUCGACAUUUGUCUAGUAUCGCAACAGUGUCGAACACAAUAUUUUUCGUGAUUCUACGUACACUUAUUGAUUCGUCUGGCUCGUCUACUUGUGCAUCAUCGUCAUGGAACAACGGCACGUGUUUUUAGCUGGCUUGGUGCAUUUGAUGGCAAUUACGUUUGUUGUCAUGGUUGUUUUCAAUGCACUGGGUGGUUCAGGUUAUGGAGGCCUUUUUAACCAGAAUACGGGACAAGUUUCUGCUAACUAUACAGUAUUCAUUACGCCAGCCGGAUUUACCUUCUCAAUAUGGAGUGUGAUCUACAUAUUUCUUGGAGCCGGGGCAAUUUACUGUGUCUCGACCGUCUACAGAAGACGUGGGUCUAACACCCGAGUAUUCGUCCAUCCAGUUGUCCUUAAUUGGCUAUUUUACGUUGCUCUUGCACUGAAUUACAGUUUCAACACGGCAUGGAUAUUUUUAUGGGACCGAAAAUUAAUGAUCGUGGCAAGCAUUUUCCUAUUUGUUAUUGCUGGCACGGGAUGGCUAUCGUUUGCUGUCUCCAGCAUCAGAGGGAAAAAAGCAUGUGAAAAUAGAAAAGGUGGGAUGCCUGUACCUGCAAUUUUCAAAGAAGUACGAUUGCAGAGAAUUUUGAUACAUAAUGGCAUGGCGCUGUAUGCCACAUGGACGACAAUUGCCUCUUUGCUGAACGCUAACAUCGCCUUUCAGUACUUCGGGAAUUUCGAUGCGGAAACAACUAGUUUAGUUUGUUUGUCAAUUCUUUUGAUUAUGAUGAUAGGUUGGUUUAUACUCGAAAAUACCAAACUGGAUCCCUAUGUUCGCUACACCGUGGUGCAAUAUCCUGUUAUCAUAUUUGGUACCUUUGGAAUUUUGAGUAAACAAGGCGAGCAGAGCCGUCCCGAUGGGCCUGUGCCGGAGAACGUCCGAAUUUUGACAUGGCUUGUCCUCGGUGUUGCCUCAGUUCAGCUUUGUGCUCGUUUCAUCAUCACCAUUUACCGCUAUCGUACUCGACCCUUGUUUCAAGUUGAGCCUCAACCAGUUUCCACUGUGGAACAAUAAUGCUACAUGAACCUAACACAAGACACAAUAAAAAAAGAAGAGCUCUUGAAGAGCGAUUGAUAAAAAUUGUUGCAACAAAACUUACGGAUAUUAUUCGAGACAAUGUGAACUGAAAACGAGUUGCGUCAGAGAUAUUUUUUACUUCGCAGGGACAAUAGUACAAAAUGCUGUUAAACCAUGACCUGUAUGACCCAAUUUAUAAAAAUGCACCACAAGAUGUUGUUGUUGGAGAGUCUACGGUAUAAGGUUUUUGUUGAACUCACGUAAAUUACUGAAUUUCCUCUAACACAAUUUGGUCCUUAUUCAACUGAUGAACUCCGUCUACUGUAAUUUUCUACGAUCAUCUUUUCAAUACAAAACAAGCUGCCAAAAUUG